AUGGCGUCUUUCAAUCUGAAUUCCAUGAUUUCAUUUUCUCAUCUUCUAGGAUCAUCCACCAAAAUUCCUAUGCUCAUCCCUGAGUAUUACGAUCAAUGGGCUGAUCGUAUGCAGGAUUAUCUCAAUGGAUUGGAUGAAGAACUGUGGAAUUGCAUUUCUGGCAAUAACAAUCCACCAUCGAAUGUUCAACCAAUUGGAUCAUCUUUUGGAAAUUCUGAAGUUGAAAAUCAAACUGAUCGACUGAAAAAGCUGGAAAAGAUGUGUGUAAGAGAGCUAAGAGGAGCUUUGCCUCCAGUUGUUUACAACUAUGUGAGGGGUUGUACAACUGCAAAGGAAAUCUGGAACAAUCUCAAGGAAAAAUUCCAGGGAACUGAGAAGACAAAAGUUAACUCAGUGAAGCAAUGCUUAGUGGAACUGAAGGACUUCAGAAAGAAAGAUAGUGAAACUAUCAAAGUGUAUUAUGAUCGUCUUAAUGAGAUGUUCUAUCGAUGCAAUCGAUAUGGUAUCACCAGAUCAGCCAUGGAGUUCAAUCUAAUUUUUGUUAUGGGACUUCGUAAAGAGUGGCGUAGUGUGAGCAUGAUGACUCAUGAAAGCGAAGUGAACAAAAUAGAUGAAGAAUCGAAGGCAAAUUUGGGAGGUCCACUAGCUUUGGUUUCGAAGAUCUCUGAAAAAGAAGCUGAGAAAGACGCUUCCGAUGAAGAUAAAGGGUUCAUCAUGAACUCAGAUGAUGAGGCAAUUGCUAUUUAUUCAAACAAUCGUGUGAAAAAGUUCUUCAAAAAGCAUUUCAAUCCGAAGGCAAAGUCAUCUGAGACAAAAGGGAACUUUUUGAGUAAAAGUAUUGGGGAAGAGAAAAAGAAGGAUGAGAUGAAAGAUACGAAGCCUGUUGAGGGAAAGACUGAGAAGAAGUUAAAGGGAGAUGCUGGGAUUGAUUGUCAUUAUUGCAAUGGUGCUAAUCACCUUGCGAAUGACUGUAUGCUUCGAAAGAAGGAUGAAAGAAAGAAUAAAGUCAAGGAUGAGGCGUACUAUGCUGAGAAGUUGGAGAUGGUUCGUGCGAAAGCCAAAAAUUUAUCUCUAGUUGCAAAGGGUGCAAAUGAGGAUGAAGAAGGUACGUAUCAAAUCUGGUCAUCUAGAUCAGAUGAUGAGGAAAUGCGAAAUCCAACCCAUGGAGCAAUGUUUGCAAAAAUGGAGGAAGAAUCAGAGGAGGAGGCAUACGAAGUGCAUGGAAGAUGCUUCGUAUCAAAAUCUGCCGACAAAUCUCCGAUGACCCCAAAGGUACGAAAUAUUCUUGAAUCUUUCAAUAUUCCAGUACAUGCUUAUAAUUCUGAAUUAGUAUCUUUUGAUGAAACUGUUACUUAUUUUGAUUCAAUUGUGGUAUUUGCUAGCAAUGAGGCUAAGAAGCUGUCUAUGCAGUUGCUAAAGACACUAAAGAAAUUAGAUUCGAAAAUCACUAAGAUAGAUUGUUUAGAACUACAAAUAACUAAUAUCAUGGUUGAUAGGGAUAAUUUCUCUAGUGAUAAUAAACUGUUGUUAGCCGCAGAGGAACAUUUACUAUAUGGAAUAGUCAAAGUUGAUGAAUGUCUUGAUUCGGAAGAUUUAGUUAACAUUUUGUCUGUUGUUAAUGUUGCUUCAACUUCUAAAGGGAAAGAAAAAGUUAAGGAUUUGAUGGUUGAGAAUGAAAUUGAUAUACCCUCAACUUCGAAAGUUUGUGAUAUGAACUUCGUGGAUCUCAAAGAUUACCAAACUGAUGAUAGUGACGAUGAAGAUGUAGAGAAAGUUUUGAAAGAAAAGGCAUCUUUAAAGGAAGAAGAAAUUCCACGAAUAGUUGUUGACCAAGUGUAUGGUGAUACACAAAAGUUCGAAAAAAUGAUGAAUGAAAAAGGUGAACAUUAUCUUGAAACAAACACGGUGGUUUAUCGAAAUUUCAAAAGCUCAGUUGAUGUCAUUUUUCCAAAUCAAGUUUUCGUAACUACCAAGAAUGUUGAGAAUAUCAAACCAGAGUUAAAGAAGAUGGUUGAAGAGGAUAAUACAAAAACAACUGAAGAAGGUUUUUUCGCAAAUCAAAACACAGUUGAAAACAACUUAACAAAGAAUUCGUAUGUGUUUCAACGAGAAAAACCACAAAAACAAUGGGUUGAAAAAUCAAAAGUUGAAAAAGAGAAAAUAAUACAUGUUGAAAAGGAAAAUGAAAAUGUUGUCAAAUUAAACUCUAAGGAAUUUAAAGAUCAAAUUGACAAAUUUUCAAAGGAAAACAACAUUUCAAAAAGAUAA